ACCUGCCAAGAGCUGGAGGCUGCUGCUGCUGCUGCUGCUGCUGCUGCUGCUUGCUGCCGGUACUGUAAUCUGAAUAGCAGCUUUUACUGGCUGGAAUGUAUCGACCAGCUUCAGAUUUAGCAACUCCUUCCUAAAGCUCCCAGUAUCCUCCCUCCCUUCCUCUGUCAUCCUGUUUCUUUCUGUUCUGUACAGUCAGUCUGCCUCCAGCUGUAUUGGCAGCCGCAUCAUUCCACCCUGCUGAGUUAUUGGGAUUUCUUCGCUACUUUUUCCUGCUUUGCGUUGAAGCGUUGAAGCCCGCCCUGCAGCACCUCCAUGUGUUUGUGUGCAAUCGGGCGUUGUUGGGUUAAUUGUUAUUGAUUCAUUUAUUUGUGUAAAAAUCGGCCCCUCCUCCCAGGCCGAGGGAAGCCGGAGAGGAUGUUCUCGUCCACGUCCAGAAACUCUCUGUUCUCGCCCUGGUCGUCCAUGGAGCAGUCGGACUCGGAAGUUCUGGACAUCAGCACCAAAGUGCAGCUGCACGGCGUGCUGUGGAAGAGGCCCUUCGGACGGCCGUCGGCCAAGUGGUCCCGCAGAUUCUUCAUCAUCAAGGACAGCUUCUUGCUCUACUAUGCAGAAAGCGAGAAGAGAAGCUUCGAGACCAACAGAUACUUCAACAUCCACCCAAAGGGAGUCAUUCCUUUGGGAGGAUGUGUGGUUUCGGCCAAUGAGGACAUGGGGAUGCCUUUUGCCAUCGUGAUCAACCUUGAAGACUUCACUGGUACCAUCGUUCUGGCUGCUGAGUCUGAGGAGGAGCAGGUCCAGUGGAUGGAGAUGAUCCAGGAGUCGGGGAAAGUCACGUGGAGGAACGCCCAGCUGGGGGAGGCCAUGAUCGAGAGUCUGGAGGCUCAGGGGCUGCAGCUGGCCAAGGAGAAGCAGGAAUAUCUGGAUAAACUGAUGGAAGAAACUGAGGAGCUCAGUCAUCAGAGAGCGCAGAGAGAGGAGCUGGAGCGUCUGAAUCAGGUUCUGGAGGACGAGAAGAUGAAGUUUGAGGAGGUUGUUCUGGAGCUGAAGGCUGAGCAGGAGCAGAUCAAACUAGACCUGGACGGCACGGCUCAGUCCCUGAAAGGUGUCGAACGUGAGAAGGAGGAGCUGAGCAGCUUAACUGUAACGCUGCAGAAAUCCAUUGAGGAACUCUCUCAGGAGAAACAGCGAACUCUGGAGCUGCUCGGAGUCAAAGAUCUGGAGGCUCAGGAGGCCCAGGACGAGGAGGACUCUGGUCCGACCUGCCGGGACGAUGGUGAGGAUCUCCAGGACGUUGAUCUGCUGCAGGAUCUGCGACACAUCGAGGAGCAGAUGAAGAUCCUGCUGAAGGAGAAGGAACUGGCUGAAGACAAGCUGAAGGAGAACGAGCAGCAAGCUUCAGUGCUGCAGCAGGAGAGAGAAUAUUACUCGUCUGAGGCUCGGACGCUGCAGCAGUCGCUCUCUCAGCUCACCGUGGACAAACAGCAAACCGAAGCCGAGCUGAAGGCGGAGAUCGAGUCUCGGAUGGAGCUGGAGAAGCGGCUGAAGGAGGCCGAAGAGGCUCUGCAGAACCUGGAGAAAGGCCUGAACUCGCUGGAGCGAACCAAAGAGCGAGACGAGAAGAUGAAGGGCGACGUGACCCAGCUGAGGAAGUUCUUCGAGGAGUGCAUCUGUGCGGCUGAGAUCGAGGCGAAGCUGCCGGCGAUCAUGAAGAACGCCGUGUAUCUUCACAAAGCUGCCGCUCGCAGAAUCAAGAGCUGCCGAAUCCAGAGGAGGGCCUCCAGACGCCACUGGUUGAAACACUCCAAGUCUUUUGCGGUGGCCAACGCUGACGACGGCAGCAUGGAGGAGCUGAGGGAGACGGCCAGAAGACUGACCUCCGACAGCAACUUCAGAGAGAGCGUCUACAAGAUCAUCACUCGCCGCGACACCGUCAACAAAACGGAUGUCUGAGAGGAGGUAAAGAUGCUCCUGAGCUUCACCUCCAUCCACACUGAGAUCCUGAUCCCAAAGCACCAAUACAACACUGUAGAGGAAUGGCAAUCUGGAGCUGUUUUACUGUUAAAUAUUAUUGACCAAACCCAUCAAAAUGCAGCGUUAGCAGGACUUGUUCUGUGCUCCCUCAUAGUCUGAUGGCCAUUUUUGACUGAACAGUUUCAGGGACUGGAGUUAAACUAGGAACUAAAGUCCUGUUCGUGUUUCCACUUUGACUUUGAGGUAAAUUAGAACGAUAUUAGAUAUUUACCGUUACGUGAUGUUCAGAGAGACACUUUGCUUAGUGUUUCAUAGUUUAGAAAGCGUUUUAAACUUAUUUCAGAACCUCAACUUGUGUUCUUUCUUAGUCAUUCCGGUUUGGGUUUCCACUGCAUCUAAAGAACUCUGAAGUUAAGAUGAAAAAAAGAUUGAUAACAGAUGAUCUGAUUAGUGUUUGCAAUUUUUGCACUGAUAUUUAUGUUGACACCAAAACUUAUCAACACAUUUCAAUAUUUUUCAAUAGAUUUUUUUCCCCCUUCACGUUCACCUAUUAAAUCCUUUUUGCUUCUGACAGGUUAGCUCAGCGGUUGUUGUGCUGAGGAAAUUAUAAAUUGAGUCAUAUUUUAUUCUCCUUAAGAGUGACCCAGCUACUGUAAAACAAACCCAGAGUUUAUAUUUAUUGAUUUCGAGCAUAAACACCCCAAAACACAGACCGAGGCUGCGUCUGAAAUCCCCCAGUCCUUACUAGGUAGAGCAGUGAGUAAAUUUAAAGAGUGUAGAAAUUCCACAAUGAAACAUUCAAAGUAGUCCAUGGUAUUUAUGUAUUUAGGCUACUUUCUGCUAAUAAUCUACACUUUAUAGAUGUAAAAAUGACCUUUAAAUGAUUCAAAAUGAUCAAAAGUGUUUAAAAUCAAUGAAAUUCCUACAGUAGAAACACUAAAAACAGUUAGUGAGCUUUACUUCCUGGAACUGUUUGUUUAAAAAUGGCCUUCAGAUCUGAUUUAGCCAAAUAAGAGAUAAUAAUAUUAACUGAAAUUCAUUCACAAGUUUCACAAUAAAAUUAUUAAGUGCUAGAAUAACAUGUUGUACUGUUCUAGAGGUGGAAAGUAACUAAGUACAUUUACUGAAACAUAAUUUAGAGAUAAUUUCCAUUCCUUUAUGCAUCUACUCUGCUGCUAGAUGUCAGAAAGAAACAUUUUACUCCACUGUUUGUAUUCAACAGCUGGAGUUUCUUUUUAGUUUAAGAAUUAACAAAAAAAGCUUAAUUAUCUUAACCAGUGGUUUCCAGAGUUCUUGGUUUAUAACCUACUACAAAAGAGCCUGUCUCAUUUAAAUUAAAAACAUUUUUAAACAGUUUCAGGUUCAAAGAUGGAAAAUCACUUGAUACGUCACAAAGGAGUGUGUAGCAAAAGUUAGUUUCUUAUUUUCUGCCCUAUUUAUUAACUGAGGAUCCCACAAAUAUGUCUUGUGGCGGGAUUUAGCCACAAGUCUGGGAACCCCUUUGGACAAAAAUAGGUUUAAAAAGUGGCACAUUUACUGUUGCUAUUUAAAGAGCAUUUUUCUGCUAUUCUGUCUGUAUUUGUACUUGAGCUCUUCUUCCACCACUGAAGAUGAGACUGUGUAGAAAUGUUACUUUCUAUUCUAAAAACACUUGAUGUUAACUGUAGAUCACGUAUUAAUGUUUCAACAACAGUCAGUGUGGAUGUAGCCGUGUUACUACUAGUGUUCUCACAACAAUCCUAUUAUGUUUGAAUCAGUGAGCAGAAAGCAGACGAUGCAAAUCCAUCUUGAAAAAUGUUUGUUUUUAUUUCCAAGGAUUGAUUGUAUGCACAGAUUGUGUCCUUUACUUUAACACAGUUGAUGGAAACAAUGAAAACUGUCCAACAUGUCUGAUAUCAACCUCCACCAAAUUCAUUAUUGCUACAUGUGACAAUGUUUUCUUAGAUGAUGCAACUUAAUGUAAUUCACUGAAGCUGGCGUUUUAUGAUAAUGUACAAAUGUUCAAUAAGUUAAAGGAUAAUUCCGGUAGUUUAAACCCACACCUUAUUUUAAAAUCUUUAUGUAGGGACAUAAUUGUUCAAAAUCAGUCCAAUAUUGAGCAAGAAUGGAACAACCAACUAUGAAAUGUUAAUGCUGUUGAUUAUAAAUAGAAUUUCUACAGGGAUAGAUGCUAGUUGUUACAGGAAGACUCUCAGCAUUUACACCACCAACACACUAGUGGGCGAUAAACUUAAUCCCACUGUGUUGAGUUUUAUAGUGUAUCUCAAACAAUGGAUGCUGAAAUGGAGCAGAUCAGGUUUGAGUUAAUAAAUGUUGAACAAGAGCUGCUUUUACAGAAAAUACUGCAACAUGGAUUGGUGAGGUUUGGUGAAGGUGUGUAUACUCUGGACAACCCUGGCGCUUGUGUUUGCAUUAGGAACAAAGCAGCUACACUUAUGUUUUGUCUCACAGAAGCAUUGUCUUUUCAGGAAAUCAAAGUUGUUGCAGUGUGUAACCAUGAUGUGUAGUUACAUUUCUGGGGAUGGUGCAAUCGAAUGAGGCACACGUUCACAGAAAUGCCACUACACAUCAUGGAGACACACACUGCAACAACUGUGAUUGAUCUUCUAGGUAGUAAGAUGUGUGCACGUCAUAUGUACAAAAGUAAUGCUUCUGUGACACGAAAUAUAAGAGGCUGUAACUGUAUCUGUCCUGCUCAGACUGCAAACACAAGGGCCAGGAUUGUACCAAUGUAGCCAUAUGGUGUUUUGUCAGUUUCACAACUCUACCCUUCCAUGCAUAGGUUCCAAUGGCUUCUCUCUUUACAGUAUUCUCAACAAAAGUGACAGUUGCUCAACAUAUAUUAGCUCAAUUUCCAACUUAAUCCGCUCUGUUUCGGUCAAUAUGGUUUGAAGUACAUGAAGAAACUCAACACGGUGGUAGAAACAACCAACUGCUAGCUACUGUUUUUUCAGGUGUAAUAGCACAGCAGCAUACAAAUAGAAAUUCCACUCAGGACUAUAAAUUAGGCUUUAACAUGAGUGUGAGAGAGAUUCUGGGAGACUAAAUGUUGGUCAUUUACUUAAGCCUGACCAACCUAAAAUAACCCAGUAUGCAUACACCAAGCUAAUAAAACUAGUUUUCAGAAGAGUUUGUGUGAGGAGCUUUACAAUUGUCCACACAUUUGUAAUUCAUCAUUGGAAGAGUUGCAAUUUAAGUAGCAGCUACACGCUCUCCAUCGAACUUCUAAAUUCUCCAGAUAUCCCGUGCUAACGCCGCCUACAGUGUUUGGGACUGGAUUGCCCCAUGACAUAACAUUUUAACUGUUUGCGGUUGCAGCAUUCUUGCUCAAUAUGUAAAUAAAUUCCAAUUAUUUCUAACCCAAAAGGAUUAAAAAAUACUGGACUUAUCCUUUAACACCAUAAAUGAUAUAGACCACAUGUCAGGGUGAAGUACGAAGGAACAUACUUAUGGACUGAAUAACAUGCCUUGAUGCUAGUAAAGCUGUGUUUGAACCUUGUA